CUCUUCCGAGACAUGCCUCAUCACAUUCAACAUUCCACUCCUACCCUCUUCAACACUAUCAAAUUCAGGUAUUGCACCCCAAAUCAUACAACAACACCGAUAACAUAAAGGGUCCUUCUAUAUUUCUAUAAAAGUUUUGGUUUUCUUUUUUGUCCUUGAGAACUUCACUUGAAAGAGAUGGAACAGAAAAGCAUUCUGAUAUCGGCUUUGGGUGUUGGGGUGGGAGUGGGAGUGGGGAUUGGAUUGGCUUCUGGACAAAGUGUUGCCAAAUGGGGAGCCAACACUUUUUCCUCAAACGCUAUCACUGCUGAGAAGAUGGAGCAGGAAAUGCUCAGACAAGUUGUUGAUGGAAGACAAAGCAACGUCACUUUUGAUAAAUUCCCUUAUUAUCUCAGUGAACAGACACGAGUUUUGCUGACAAGUGUGGCUUAUGUUCAUUUAAAGCAUGCUGAGGUUUCUAAACAUACACGAAAUCUUGCUCCUGCAAGCCGGACUAUUCUGCUUUCAGGGCCAGCAGAACUUUAUCAACAGAUGCUUGCCAAGGCUUUAGCUCAUUACUUUGAGGCCAAGUUGCUUCUGUUAGAUUUAACUGACUUUUCAUUGAAGAUUCAUAGUAAAUAUGGUUCUUCCAACAAAGAAUCUUAUUUCAGAAGAUCCACUUCAGAGUCUACCUUGGAGCGGCUAUCUGAUCUAUUUGGGUCAUUUUCAAUCUUUUCACAAAGGGAGGAACCUAAAGGCAAAAUGCACAGGCCUAGCAGUGGAGUGGACCUCCAAUCAAUUAUUAGCCUUUUGGUUUGCAGGGGGUCUGAAGCGUCAUGUAAUCCUCCAACACUCCGUAGGAAUGCUUCCUCCUCUUCAAAUAUAAGUGGCCUUGCUUCGCAAACCAAUCCUACAAAUUCAGCUCCUCUGAAGCGCACAACCAGCUGGUCUUUUGAUGAAAAGCUUCUUAUACAGACUCUUUAUAAGGUUCUGGUUUUUGUUUCAAAAACCUAUCCCAUUGUGCUAUAUUUGCGAGAUGUUGAUAAGCUGUUAUAUAAAUCACAAAGGAUAUAUAACCUGUUCCAGAAGAUGUUGAAGAAAUUAUCUGGACCAAUUCUGAUUCUUGGUUCACGAGUUCUAGAUUCUGGUAAUGAAUAUGAAGACGAAGAUGAGAAGCUUAAUUCACUCUUCCCAUACAACAUAGAUAUCAGGCCUCCAGAAGAUGAAUCACAUCUUGUCAGCUGGAAGUCUCAAUUGGAAGAAGAUAUGAAGAUGAUACAAGUUCAGGAUAACAAAAACCAUAUCAUGGAAGUGCUUGCAGCCAAUGAUCUUGAUUGUGAUGACCUGGAUUCCAUUUGUGUUGCCGACACCAUGGUUCUCAGUAACUACAUAGAAGAGAUUAUUGUGUCAGCAAUUUCUUAUCAUUUGAUGAAAAACAAAGACCCUGAAUACAGAAAUGGGAAACUCGUUAUUUCUAGCAAUAGUUUGUCCCAUGCUUUGAGUAUAUUCCACAAGGGGAAAACCAGUGGAAAAGAAAAAUCAAAAUUGGAAGCCGUAAAAUCUGAGAUGCAAGGAGAGGAAGGAACUGCUAUGAAACCAGAAGCGAAGUCGGAAAAUGUUGCUCCUGUAAAAAAGGCUGAAGCAGAUACAUCAACUUCAGCGGAAAAGGCAGAUGGUGAAAAACCAGUUACUGCAUCCAAAACUACUGAAGUUCCUCCGGAUAAUGAGUUUGAGAAGCGAAUAAGGCCUGAGGUAAUACCAGCAAAUGAGAUUGAUGUCACAUUCUCUGACAUUGGCGCCUUAGAUGAGACCAAAGAAUCCCUUCAAGAACUAGUAAUGCUUCCUCUUCGAAGGCCAGACCUUUUCACUGGAGGCCUUCUAAAGCCUUGUAGAGGAAUAUUGCUGUUUGGACCUCCCGGCACCGGGAAGACAAUGCUGGCAAAGGCCAUUGCAAAGGAGGCUGGAGCAAGUUUCAUUAAUGUAUCCAUGUCUACCAUCACUUCUAAAUGGUUUGGUGAAGAUGAGAAGAAUGUUCGUGCUUUAUUCACACUUGCAGCCAAGGUCUCCCCUACCAUUAUAUUUGUGGAUGAGGUUGAUAGCAUGCUUGGGCAAAGGACCAGAGUUGGGGAGCAUGAAGCCAUGAGGAAGAUAAAGAAUGAGUUUAUGAGCCAUUGGGAUGGACUUUUGACAAAACAAGGGGAGAGAAUCCUUGUUCUUGCUGCAACCAAUAGGCCAUUUGACCUCGAUGAAGCUAUUAUUAGGCGAUUUGAAAGAAGAAUUAUGGUAGGACUACCAUCUGUGGAGAACAGGGAAAAGAUUAUGAGGACGCUUUUGGCAAAAGAAAAGGUGGACAAGGAACUUGAUUUUAAGGAACUAGCAACUAUGACAGAAGGAUAUACUGGAAGUGAUCUUAAGAACUUGUGCACAACUGCUGCUUAUCGGCCUGUUAGAGAGCUAAUUCAGCAAGAGAGGCUAAAGAGUCUGGAUAAAAAGCAGAAAGCUGCAAAGGGACACAAUAAAGAUGUCCAAGAUAGUCAAGGAGGACAAUCUAUUGUAGGAAAUACUCGAGAUGCUCUACAUGGAGAAGAGGAAGUUAAACAGACAAGAGUUAUUACCCUUAGGCCAUUGAACAUGCAGGAUUUCAAAGAGGCCAAGAAUCAGGUUGCUGCAAGCUUUGCAGCUGAAGGGGCUGGAAUGAAUGAGUUGAAACAGUGGAACGAUUUGUACGGAGAAGGCGGUUCAAGGAAGCAGCAGCAAUUGUCUUACUUCCUAUGAAAUUUACUGAAGCUGCAAAGUAAAUUUUCAAAAACAUUUUCAUGGCUGCACCCUUUUUUGAAUGAUAGUGUUGGGGAACAUUUUCCAGUGAACAGGCAAUAAUCUCUACAUAUUUUCCGAGAAUGUCUUGCUGCUUCAUUGAUUCCCUUCAGCUUAGGAACUAAGCUAUAGAUACCUUUUGAUAUUUAGCCCAUAUGCUACGAAUAUGAUUAGUUACUAUUGUAACUUACGUUGUCCUUUAAGCGGUUAAAGAAAAAAGUGGCCCUUUAAGCGGUUAAAGAAAAAAGUGGCGCUAUUUGUUAGCAUUAUAUGUUGUAUUGGUGUUUACUGAAACAUGUAAUGUAAUACUAGAAAUAAGAGAUGUGAUCAAUGUUUCACAACUUCAAUCUUAGUGAGGAUGUAAAGUAACUAUUAUUUUGUCGAC